AGAGAGAGACAGAGAGAGAGAGAGAGAGAGAGAGAGAGAGAGCGAGAAUAUGCAGGAAUACUAUUGGCUUUCGACGGGGUGAUGAACAGGCAUCACUCGAAUACGACAGCUGAAUCAAACCAUUGAGUGGGUCCAGGGAGAGAGAAAAAGUAAACACCGGUUUCUGCGUUGCACGCACGUGGAUGUACCGUGACAAGGAAGCAAUUCUUAUCGUUUCACGUUCCAGAUCGUGAUGUAUGGAUUUGGAGCUUUAUUCUCAUUCGAUUUCUCCCAGCUGCCCAAAAUGUGGCACUACUGGAGACUUUUUGUGGUCCUCAACGUCUUAUUUUUCAGUGAACUUAGCUUAUCACUGCCGCACUGCCCGCCUACCUGCGUUUGCACGCACAACGAAAUUUACUGUAACAAGUCGGAUACUAGUAAGCCUUCCUCGCUCUUAGCUUUUCAGGACACUGAGAGCUCUGGAAAUAGUACAAGGAGCAUCAGAGACCUUUUCCAGAACAUCACUUCCAUACACAUAGAGAACUGGACUGGUCUGGAGACGUUGAGGGAAAGUCACAUGGAACUCUACACUGGCUUGCAGAGACUGACCAUUAUGAGGAGCAGUCUGCAUACAAUCCAGCCACAUGUUUUCUCCCAAAAUCCGGACCUAAGCUAUAUAAACCUAUCUAAGAACCGAAUGCUGACUACAUUGUCCUGGCAGAUCUUUGAAAAUCUGCAGCUCACAGAACUACAUUUAGAAGAUGUGAUCCUUGAUUGUGAGUGUGGGAUCCGAUGGUUGCAGCUAUGGCAACAGAGGGGAGAUGUGGGGCUAAGUAGCCAACGAUUAUACUGUGAUAAUGGCUCAAAGAAGAUACUGCUACAAGAAAUGAACAUAAGCAAAUGUGACCUUCCAGACAUCGCCACAAGCCAUGUCAACUUCACAGUUACAGAGGGCGACAGUUUAACUACAACAUGUAACGGCUCUGGGUCCCCAAUACCUAAGGUGGACUGGUUCGUUACUGGUUUGCACUCCUUUGAGUCACAAGAGGCAAAGGUUUUUGACAACACUGUUCAUUCGAACCGCAUCACUUUGGUAAAUGUUAGCAGAGAUGACAACAACUUCCUCCUGACCUGCACAGCCACUAAUAUAGUAGGCACGACCAAUGCUUCGAUUCAGCUUAACGUUCACUUUUCUCCUUCUAUUGUAAAGCUGAAGAAGCCAGAGCGUCGCCAUGACACCUGCAUAGAAUUCACAGUGAGAGGUUCACCCCACCCAAAAUUAAGAUGGUUCCACAAUGACAAGGAAAUUUCCCACACCGAUUAUGUGCGUCCUUAUAUGGAUAUUUAUCAGGACUACAUUGAGGGAUGCCUAACAUUCAAAAACCCAACACAUCAUAACAAUGGCAACUACACUCUCGAGGCUAAAAAUUACCUGGGUGUGGUAAAUAGUACUGUCUAUGGGCACUUCCUAGACAAGCCCUUCAAUGUUGCAGAAAAUGAUUAUGAUUAUGUAACCCCAACAGCAGAGCGUCACAAUCCACACCAAGAUACAUUUGGGGUUUCUAUAGCUGUGGGACUUGCCGGGCUUGCUUGUGUGAUUCUGCUGAUGAUCAUCCUCCUGAUUCAUAAAUAUGGGCGACAUUCCAAGUUACGCAUGAAAGGUCCAGCAGCAGUGAUAGUAAGUGGUGAAGAGGACUGCAACAGUCCACUUCAUCAUGUGAAUCAUGGUAUUAAUCGCCCAUGCACAAUGGAUGGUGGACUAGAAGCUGUGACAAUUGGACUGAACAGUAUUCCCAUUAUCGAGAAUCCACAGUACUUCAGACAUGGGCACAACUAUAAGAAAGCCACCACCUAUGUUGAGCAUCUAAAACGAAAGGACAUCAUUUUGAAGAAGGAACUUGGAGAAGGCGCGUUUGGCAAAGUUUUCUUAGCGGAAUGUUACACUCUGUGCCCAAGAAAAGACAAAAUGCUUGUAGCUGUAAAGACUCUAAAGGACCCCACUUUAUCAGCAAGGAAAGAUUUCCAACGUGAAGCUGAGCUGCUUACCAAUCUUCAACAUGAACAUAUUGUCAAAUUCUAUGGCGUAUGUGUUGAUGGAGAUCCACUCAUUAUGGUCUUUGAGUACAUGAAGCAUGGAGAUUUGAAUAAAUUUCUCAGAGCCCAUGGACCAGAUGCCAUGAUCUUGGUGGAUGGACAGCCAUUGCAGACUAAUGGAGAGUUGGGUUUGUCCCAGACGCUUCACAUAGCCAGUCAAAUUGCAGCAGGGAUGAUCUACCUUGCAUCACAACAUUUUGUGCACCGUGAUUUGGCUACCAGAAACUGUCUGGUAGGAAAUGCCCUACAGGUGAAAAUAGGAGACUUUGGCAUGUCAAGAGACAUUUACAGCACUGAUUAUUAUAGGGUGGGAGGCCACAGUAUGCUGCCUAUUCGUUGGAUGCCCCCAGAAAGCAUCAUGUACAGGAAGUUUACCACAGAGACUGAUGUCUGGAGCUUUGGAGUUGUUCUCUGGGAAAUCUUCACCAAUGGAAAACAGCCCUGGUUCCAGCUGGCCAAUAACGAGGUGAUUGAGUGUAUAACUCAGGGCAGGGUACUUGAGCGCCCUAGGCUCUGUCCCAAAGAAGUCUAUGAUAUAAUGCUAGGUUGUUGGCAGAGAGAACCACAUCAGCGUCUCAACAUGAAGGACAUUCAGAAGACUAUAGUAUCUCUGAUGAAAGCUGCACCAGUCUAUCUGGACAUACUGGGUUAGCAACAGACCAUAUGAAGAGGAACGGAAUAUUAAUUUACGACAAGGAGACAAGAAGUGAAAUGGAAUUACCGUUUUUUUCCGUGUAUAGUGCGCCCCCAUGUAUAGUACGCACCCCUAAAAAUGGCAUGCUGAUGCUGGAAAAAAGCUUGUACCCAUGUAUAAUACGCACCCAAUUUUUAUGAUUUUUUUAAAAAAAAUUUUUAAUCUUUUUUUU